UCCAGUCCAUGACCCCAACCAAACACAUCCGAUCCGUUCACUCGUCCGGUUCGCCCAGUGCACCCAAGCAAAUAUCUCCCCAAGCAUACAAGCCGGAGCAGAUUAGGCACACAAGAAUCAUCACUGCCGCGAAUCCCGUACCAAAUUCAUAAGCCAGUUCCCGCGGCAUCGGCAGCGAGCCAGCGACCACCUCCGAAUCUCCACCCCAGGAAGAGUAGAAGCAGGCCAGAAGAGAAGGCGCGCGCGCGCAGGAGGCCACGAAUGGCGCUUCGCUGUUCCCUGCCCGCGACCUGUUCGAUGUUUUGCCCCAAACGGCCAGAGCACCCCAGUUGGCACGCGCUCCCUCCGCGCUUCGUCGUCAGCUUCGGCUCUUGCCCGCGGUCCAGGCCGAGCCUGGGACCCGUGCUCGCCGCCCGCGCCUGGGCACUGCGUGCGAGCGACCCCAAGGCUGGCCGGCUGGUGAUCGGCGGCGGGCCGCGCAGCGCCGACCCCGACUCCGACUCCGAAGACGACGACGAAGGCCCCGUGCGGAUGACGGACCAGGAGCGGAGGACGCUGCGGAGGAAGAUACGGGAGAUGAUGGACCGGAUGCCGGAGACGCGGGAGCUGACUGACCCGGAGGAGAAGAAGGCCAAGAUGAGGGAGCUGCUGACCAAGUACGAGCUGGUUGUCGAGGAGGAGGACCCGGAGUGGCCCGAGGACGCCCAGGACGGUAUGGGCUUCGGCCUGGACCAGUUCUUCGACAAGAUCACCAUCAAGCCUGAGAAGAGGGAUGACGCCGACGACGAUGAUGGGGUGGAUGAUGGCAAGAAGGAGGUGGUCUGGGAGGAUGACAACUACAUCAAGCCGGUCAGGGAUGUCAAGACAAAGGAUUGGGACGACACCGUGUUCACGGACUUCGGCCCGUUGAUUGUGCUCGUGCAUAACCGGUACAAGAGACUUCAGGACAACGAGAUGGCAAGAACUGAGCUCGUAAAGGCAAUCGAGACGUUUUGGGAACACGAUCUGCCUUCACCAAGAUGUGUUGCGGUCGAUGCCUGCGCGGAGCCAGACCUCGUGGCCGCUCUGAAGGUGUCCGGUUUCCCUGAGUUGCUCUUCACCAACGCAGGGAAGAUACUGCACCGAGAGAAAGCUGUCCGGUCGGCCGAGGUGUUGGCGAGGAUGAUAGCCUUCUUUUACUACAAGGCCGCGAGACCACCUUGCUUGAGCGAAACAGACGGCCAGGGGCAAGAGAAGGUCCCUCUGAUGUCGUGAAAGGAAGGGUGGUUCGUGCUAGUACUAGUAUCUUGCCUCAGUAUAACUUUCUAGUAUAUCAAGAGUAGAGUUACUGUCACAAGGAACCUUAAUUCUCACGUGUAACAAUGCCUAACAGUCUGUGUAUGAUUCUGUUCGGCAUGCUGGAUAGCCAUGUGAUCACAUCCCUCCUUAUGUUUAGCAUGUAAGCGAUGUUCAUAGAAUUGGACAGAUUCAGAUUUUUUUA